UUUUUACUCAAAAAAAUGUGGGGUCCACCAGGACGUGACUCAAUCCCCCCAAUUUCCCAAUCGACCUCGUCGUCCACGGCGAGGUUGCGUAUUGCCACGACGGCGAGGUUGCGUAUUGCGUGGCCUAGGGUUUAUCUCGUCCUCCUCCUCCUCCUCCUCCCAAUUCUGCCCCAAUCGCGUCCCUAACGAUACCAGACGAACGAACGACCGACAGAUCGAUCGCCCUCGGCGGCGAUGGCGCUGGCCUCGGCGGCGCACAAGAUCCCGCUGGAGGUCGCGCACACCCUCGUCGAGAUAGCCGAGGUCGCGCGCUACGCCUACGAGCACCGCCCCGGCCACCACCCCGCCCACGACGGCGCCCCUCCCACACCACCCGCGGGGGACGAUGGCGGGUGCGCAGGCGAGGAGGCCGCGCGGCUGCGGGAGGAGAACGCCAUGCUCCGCGCCCGCCUCGCCGACGACCUCGCCCUCCUCCGUGAGCUCCACGGCGCCCCCUGCGUCUCCCAGGAGUGCCCUCCCGACCUGUAUAAUCGUCUUCUAGCGGCCGUCAAUAACGCUAGCUUCCUUGCUCAUCUUGCGAAACUGCAGGAUGAGUCAACAAGUCAACAUACUGAACUAUCUUCUGGCAACAUGACAGAGGUGGAAGUUGGAGAGAUUCCAGGCAACAUGGGUAAUGGGAAGAAAGGAUCAUGGGUCUUGGUUGCUUGUGAUGCCGCUGGGUCUAAUUUGGAGGAAAUUAGUGGAAUUGAUGAUGAAAAUUAUGUGAUAAUCAAUGAAGACGACAUAGUCGAUGGUAUUGCCACCUUUGUUGCUAGGUGCAUUCUUGAAUAUCCAAAGUCCAAGUCAUUAUCGCCAGUGGAGCUCCAAAAGGCUGUUUUAAAGGCAUUAGAUAGCAUGAAAGCUCGGUGGAGAUGGUCAACUCUUUGGGAGGCUGGAAAAGUUAUUUAUAUCUUGGCUACUUGGGGAAUCACAUUAGUAGGGUUGUACAAGAGUCGUCAUGUCCUGAAGGUGGCAGCGAAGGGUGCUGCCGCGUCUGCCAGAUUUGUUAUGAAGGCACUGUGAGUGCGCCUGGUAUCAUGAUGUGGAAUGAUCAGCAAUCUGUAAAAUGUAAAUACAAAACUCGUUCGUCAGUUGUACAUAUGUGAUUGCAACUUGUUUUAUUAUGAAAUAUUGAUUGUUCAGAAGGGA